GAGGAGUAGAAACAACAAGCCGCCAUUUUGUUUGUGCGGAGAGAGUGAAGGAGGCAGGAGCGACCGAAAAAAGCCACUCGGGCGCCGAUCACUGCGACUCUGAGCGCCGCCGGCUGCGCAGCGGCUCCGUCCUCUCGGAUCAACACGGGCUAAAACACAACCGGACGAUUAACGGAGGACAACGGAGAAAGAUGAUAGAUUCUCCCGUGUAAAAAUCAAAGAACGGAUCGGGUUUUCCUUUCUUUUUCUUCUCUUUUUUUGUAAACGCAACGGAGAGGCGGAAGAGGGCAAUACAUUUAAACGAAGGGAAUCCCAUUUGAGUAAAAGGCGUUUAAAAACAUCUACAGCCCUCGUCGUCACGAAGUGGUAAAACCGGACAAAAUCGCAUCGCCGGUUGCCGGUGGUCGACACUGAAAGUGGGGAAAAUAGCAAGAACUGUACGGGAGAAGAGAGAAAUUUAAAAGGGAUGAACGCGCAGGGGGGUUCACGGUAUCACAAAGCCUAUGAAAGGGGUUUGAGGACCCCCAGAUUUUGGGGGGUGCAGCUGGCAAUAUCACCAGGAUCGGCAGAUGCUUCGGACCCACAAUAUUACUGAAGCCCAAUUGGAUUCGUUUUAGUCAGUUUUCCGCUAGUGUUUUUUCUUAAAGCACUGAAAGCAUUGCUGGCUCUUCAUCAUUCAGUGACAAAAUCUUCACCUUUGCUUGAAAUUGAAAUACAUACAUAUGCACUGACCGUCAAUCUACAACUUGAUUCUGAUUCUUUAGCUCGUGCACACGCAAAUUGCGGGGAAAACAUAUUGCACUUCGGACUUAUUGCAUGCACGCUCUGUCCAUUUUUAACGCAAUUUCUUGUGCAUUUUGCUUCUGGACUUCACAGUGUGCGCAGUGCAGGGUGGUCGUGUUCUCUCGAGGCAAUGGUCAGAGAUUUUUCUGCAAACAGUUUUAACCCCCCCGAGCUCGUGCACUGGACGCAUUCACACAGAGGGCACGCGCGCAAUAAACAAUUUAACUUGUCACCUUUAAAAUGAUUUCAAAAUAUUAGGACGUUGGACACUGCUGAUGAGAUAUGGAAGUCGUUUGUAAUAAACUCAAGUGUUAACUCGUGCAUGCACAUUUCUUAAACAUUUCCACAUAUGUUAGUUUUUCUCUUUUGGUGCACAAGACUACAUUUGGACUAGUUUAGGACUGAUACACUAACGUUAGGCAUACGAAUAAGAUUUUUUCCUCAAGUAUUUAUUUUUCUCUAUCCUAUCUUCAUUAUAUGGGAGAAAUAAAGGCUUUGAUGAAGAAGAUUGAUAUAUCUGUGUCAAUUUCAAGUGGCCUUGUGGACUUUUAAUCUUCCUCUAGGUAAAAGUGAUGAUGGGUGAGAAUCGCAAGCGCUACAAUGCGCACCCGGUCCAAAGAGAGGAAUGAUUUUUGAGUCUUUGUGUUUUCCCAUAAACAUUGCACGAAGCCACGGUGGAGUGAGUUCGUCUUUCAUUCUCCCAUCACGUUUCCUAUCUCUCAUACACAACGCCUUAAAAAAUCCAACACUCUAGUUCGCUGCCGACAAUGGCGGAAAAGACGGAUGCAAGCAGCGAAGAUAAAUCUCGGGAAAAUCGCUCAGUCGCCGAGGAGGCUACGUGAGUUUGCACUAGCGUGUCUGUUCCUCCCUUCGGAAACAUACUUUGAGGAACUAACGAGAAAAAAACACGAAAAGAGAGACUUCAAAGUGUUUUUGUGGACAAUUGCUUGCAUGCAUCGGUCCCAUGAGAGGUGAACGGGAAUCCGUCCGGAGCUCGUGAACGAGGACAUCGAUUGAACGUCGCAAGGCUCCACGGGAAGCGCUAUCCUACACGGGAUAUAUGCUCUAACGUUAAAUUUGAGGAAACUAUGGCCGAUAAUGUGUUGGACUCCGGUCCGCCUACAGCAAAGAGGCCUAAAUUGUCCUCCCCGGCUCUGUCGGUGUCCGCGAGCGAUGGAAAUGAUUUUGGCUCCUUGUUCGACCUGGAACAGGAUCUCCCCGACGAACUCAUAAACUCCUCCGAUCUGGGCCUUCCCAAUGGAGUGGACUCCGGCCACUUACACACCAGUCUGGGUGGAGGAGGGACAUUGGGAUCUCUGGGUGGCUCAAGCCAGGACACUGCUGCCAAACACAAGCACUUGUCUGAGCUCCUGCGCCCUGGCGCCCCUUCGUCCACCUCCACGGCUACUGGCAACCCCGGCAACACGCCCUCCCUUGGGAUGAUGGGAGGACUGGGUGGCACCCCCAUUGCCCAGGGUCUGGGUGGCCCUCAGCAGCAGCAGCCUGGCAUGAUGCCACAAGCUGGCAUGGUGGCUGGACUGAACCGUAGUAUGAUGGGAGCCCAUAAAGGGAAUGGACAACCGCAGAGCAUGAUGGGAGGGCAGGUGAUGAACGGUGCGCCCAGAAUGGGCUACGGCAAUGUGAACAUGAAUGCAGGUGUGGCUGGCAAUGGAAACAUGCUGCCGGAUUCCCUGCACCAGCAAAAUGCAGGGCAGCAGAUGGCACAGGCGGCUCUAAGGCCACAGCAACCAGGAGCCGUGAAUAAGAUGGGAAUCAUGGGGGCCCCAGGUCCCUAUGGCGGUUCAUAUGGUCAGUGUGGAGGACAGUCCUUGGGACCUCAGCUCCAAAAUAAAGCAGCUCAACCUAACAGCAUUAACCAGUUCAACAUAGACAAGAAACCUCAGCUUGGACAGAACAUGGGCGGCAUGAGCUCAGGUGUGGUGGGCGGUGUAUCCGGGCCAGGUGGGACGACGGGGCCCCCAGCAGCUGACCCAGAGAAACGAAAACUCAUUCAACAGCAGCUGGUGCUGUUACUGCACGCUCACAAGUGCCAUCGCAGAGAGCAAACCAACGGAGAGGUCCGUCAGUGUAACCUGCCCCACUGCAGAACCAUGAAGAAUGUCCUUAAUCACAUGACGCACUGUCAGGCUGGCAAAUCCUGCCAGGUGGCUCACUGCGCAUCCUCCAGGCAGAUCAUCUCUCACUGGAAGAACUGCACACGGCACGACUGUCCCGUGUGUUUGCCGCUCAAGAGCGCCGGGGACAAACGAAACCAGCAAUCUCUGUUGGCAGGAGCUGGUAUGAGCAUGGGUGGCCCGUUAGGUGUGUCUUUACCUGGUGGCCAGCCUUCAGCCCCAAAUCUGAACCCGCCCAGUCAGAUUGACCCAAGCUCCAUUGAAAGGGCGUACGCUGCGCUUGGGCUCACGUACCAGGGCAAUCAAGCAGCCAAUCAGAAUCAACAGACCUCUGUGCCAACUCAACCUGGUAUUAGGCCGCUUAAUAAUAUGGCAGGUGGAAACCCUAUGGGAGUGAAUGGUGGAGUCGGAGCUCAGAUGACAAACCAGCAUCCCGGGAUGCUUCCAGACGGCAUGCUGCACAGAAACAUGACAGCUCAGAGUCUGAUGAAUGAUACUUCAAGUCUUGGUAAUAUGGGGUGCACUGCGACAGCCGCACCUCCGUCUGCGGGAAUGAGAAAAGGCUGGCAUGAAGACAUCACACAAGACCUCCGGAAUCACCUCGUGCACAAACUAGUGCAGGCUAUCUUCCCAACUCCAGACCCUGCUGCACUGAAGGAUCGGCGAAUGGAGAAUCUUGUAGCUUAUGCGCGCAAAGUGGAGGGCGAUAUGUAUGAAUCUGCUAACAGCAGGGCCGAGUAUUACCACUUGUUGGCGGAGAAGAUUUAUAAGAUCCAGAAGGAGCUGGAGGAGAAGAGGAGAACCAGGCUGCAGAAACAGGGCAUGGUGCCUUCUCAACCUGGCAUGCCCAACAGUGCCCUACCUCAAGCACCAAACAGGAUGGAUCAGACACAGCCACCCAAUGGACCCCUUUCAGAUUCAUCCCUAGCUCAACCCCCUGCACCCAGCCAGAUGGUCAACCGAAUGCAGAAUCCUGCAGGUAUGAAUCAGUUUUCUCAAGUGGGAAUGCAGCAGCCAAUGGGUCAAAGGGCAACACCGACUCUAUCAAUGGGAGCAAAUCUCAAUCAGAUGAGUAUGCAGGGAGCACCUCGUAUGGCUCAGCCCAACGUAACCCAGAUACAAAACCAGUACAUGCAGAACCAGUUUCCAGGCACGGGUGCCGGACUAGGCCAGAGUGCGGCUGGCCUAAACCAGCCUGCAGGACAGGCAACCAUCCCACAGUCGCCAAAUCAGAUGUCGACUCCAUCGCUGAGUGUCAGUAAUCCUGUAGCUUCGUCCCAGCCUGCAGUCUCGGGCCCCGGAAGCGCUGUCGGCCCUCAGGGGCCUCCGUCCAACUUACCCCUACCCUCUCAACAGGCUGGCUUGCACACGCACUGUCCUCCCUUACGCCAAAACUCCCCGUCUCCUGCACGCAGCCUCACCCCCACCCCUGCCCCGCACCAAACGCCCCCGCAGUUGCCCGGUAACCAGACCCCCCAACCCCACACCCCCACUUCUUCAACCACUAUGGCCCCACCGGCAACGCAGCUGCCCCCGGUGGCACAAGGGGUGGGCUCGGAAAAACCCAGUCAGAUACCGCAGCCGGCGCACGGAGCCGGAGCUGCUGGAGGCCCUAAUACGGGACAGCCAUCAUCUGUACCUUCCCAGAAUGCCCAGGGGCUUUGUGCACACCCACACACUCCUCUAUCUCAGAAAUCGUCUCAUACUGCGGACGGUCAGGCAUCAACCCCUGCCUCGGUCAGCAGCACUGACCCAAGCUCGCAGCUGACAUCAUCCGACCCCACCGCCUCAGCUGACCCCAAAACAGAGGUCAAACAGCAGGAAGAGGAGGAUGAGAAUGACACGGAGGAUAAAGCCUCAGGGAAAAUGGCUGCCAUGCAAAGUGAGAUCAAGAUGGAGGAGAAACCAGAGGUCUGCUCUAUAAAGAAGGAGGAGCCUGACGGUGAUGAAUGCAAGACGGAGCCAAUGGAAACACUGACCGGGUCAACGGAAGGGGACAAGAAGCCAGAGGUGAAGACUGAGCCAAAAGAGGAAGAGGGAGCAAACAGCACUCCUGCAAACACGCAAAGCAAGAAGAAAGUCUUUAAGCCAGACGAGCUCCGCCAGGCUUUAAUGCCCACUCUGGAAGCUCUGUACCGUCAGGAUCCCGAGUCGCUGCCCUUCCGGCAGCCGGUGGACCCCCAGUUACUGGGAAUACCCGUACGUAUUCGAACUAGUAACAAAACUAACCUGGACUACUUUGACAUAGUGAAAAACCCCAUGGACUUGUCGACUAUCAAGCGUAAGCUGGACACGGGUCAGUACCAGGAGCCUUGGCAGUACGUGGAUGACGUGUGGCUGAUGUUUAAUAACGCUUGGCUGUAUAACCGGAAGACGUCACGGGUGUAUAAAUACUGCUCCAAACUGGCAGAGGUCUUUGAGCAAGAAAUCGACCCCGUUAUGCAGGAGAUGGGAUACUGCUGCGGAAGAAAGUUGGAGUUUUCUCCUCAGACUCUCUGUUGCUAUGGCAAACAGUUGUGUACUAUCCCUCGAGACGCUGCGUACUUCAGCUAUCAGAACAGGUACCACUUUUGCGAAAAGUGUUUCAACGAAAUUCAGGGGGAGAACGUAUCCCUGGGAGAUGAUCCGACACAGCCUCAAACGUCCAUCAACAAAGAUCAGUUUCAGAGGAAAAAGAACGACACUCUGGACCCUGAAUUGUUGGUUGAGUGUACUGACUGCGGUCGUAAAAUGCAUCAGAUAUGUGUCUUGCACAAUGAAACAAUAUGGCCGACAGGCUUUGUGUGUGAUGGCUGCCUGAAAAAAUCCAACGGAACGAGGAGAGAGAAUAAAUAUGCUGCAAGGAGACUUCCUCAUACAAAGUUGAGUAGCUUCCUGGAGUCGCGAGUGAAUGAGUUUUUGAAGCGCCAGCCGCAUCCAGAGACCGGUGAUGUCACCAUCCGUGUGGUGCAUGUCUCUGAUAAAGUGGUGGAGGUCAAGCCUGGCAUGAAGUCGAGGUUUGUAGACAGUGGAGAAAUGUCAGAGUCGUUCCCAUAUAGGACAAAAGCUAUGUUCGCGUUUGAGGAAAUUGAUGGAACCGACGUCUGCUUCUUUGGAAUGCAUGUGCAGGAAUAUGGAUCAGACUGCCCUCAACCCAAUCAAAGGCGUGUGUACAUCUCCUACCUGGACAGUGUGCACUUUUUCCAGCCUCGUCACCUGAGGACGGGAGUCUAUCAUGAGAUACUUAUUGGAUACUUGGAGUAUGUUAAAAGAAUGGGGUUCGUCACUGGUCACAUCUGGGCUUGUCCGCCAAGUGAGGGUGACGACUACAUCUUCCACUGCCAUCCGACUGAUCAAAAGAUUCCCAAACCCAAACGUUUACAAGAAUGGUACAAGAAGAUGCUUGACAAAGCAGUUGCAGAGAGAAUUGUACAUGACUACAAGGACAUUUUUAAGCAGGCAACAGAGGACCGUCUGACCAGUGCGAAGGAGCUCCCAUAUUUUGAAGGUGAUUUUUGGCCUAAUGUCUUGGAGGAAAGCAUUAAAGAGCUGGAACAGGAGGAGGAAGAACGGAAGAGAGAGGAGAACAACACUUCCAGUGAAAGCAUUGAUGCAACCAACGGUGACAGCAAGAAUGCCAAAAAGAAGAACAGCAAGAAGACUAGCAAAAAUAAGACCAGCCUAAGUCGAGCCAAUAAAAAGAAACCAGGCAUGCCAAAUGUUUCCAAUGAUCUCUCCCAGAAGCUCUAUGCCAGCAUGGAGAAACACAAAGAGGUCUUCUUUGUCAUCCGUCUUAUCGCCGGCCCCACUGCCAAUUCCCUUCCGCCCAUUUUGGACCUUGACCCCUUGAUGGCCUGUGACCUAAUGGACGGACGAGAUGCUUUCCUAACACUUGCGCGAGACAAGCACCUUGAAUUCAGCUCUUUGCGGCGGGCCAAAUGGAGCUCCAUGUGUAUGUUGGUAGAACUGCACAAUCAGAGCCAGGAUCGCUUCGUUUACACCUGCAAUGAAUGCAAGCACCAUGUUGAGACACGAUUCCACUGCACUGUUUGUGAGGAUUAUGAUCUCUGUAUCACUUGCUACAACACUAAGGGGCAUGAGCACAAGAUGGAAAAACUUGGUCUGGGUCUCGAUGACGAGAGCAACAAUCAAGCUGCAGCUUCCACUCAAAACCCUGGCGACUCGAGACGUCUCAGCAUCCAGCGCUGCAUUCAGUCGCUGGUGCAUGCCUGUCAAUGCCGCAAUGCCAACUGUUCUCUGCCGUCCUGCCAGAAGAUGAAGAGAGUGGUACAACAUACCAAGGGCUGCAAGCGCAAGACCAACGGAGGAUGUCCAAUCUGCAAGCAGCUUAUUGCACUAUGCUGCUACCAUGCCAAGCACUGCCAGGAAAACAAGUGUCCUGUGCCCUUCUGUCUCAACAUCAAGCACAAGCUUCGUCAGCAGCAGUUGCAGCACAGGCUGCAGCAAGCGCAGAUGUUGCGUAGACGUAUGGCCACAAUGCAACGGGCAGGGCAGCCACCACCAUGUGGAGGUGGGCCUCCUGGAGGUCUUCCUUCACCAGGUAACAAUGGGGCCACCGGUCCAAGCACGCCUACAUCUGUCGGAACACAGCCUGCAACCCCUCAAACACCCACGCAGCUGACACCCAACCAUCCAUCUAUGUCCCAGCCUGGUACGGGUGGAGUCCCAGCUGGAACUCCCCAGCAGCCUCAACAGCAUCCUGCCCACCACCAAUUUCAGCAGAUGCCAGGUGCAAGCGGUAUGAUGACUUCACCACAACAGCAAAUGGUUCCCCAACAACAGACAGGGCAGCUUCCACAUCCACACAAUCAGUAUGGUCCCCAUUCCACAGGUCCCUCUCCAAAUCCACAAUCGCAAGGUAAAGCAGGCCUUGGGCCUGCGACUCCUCCGCAACUCCCUAGCAACCCAGGCACAGCACCUAUGUCCCAACAACAGCAGUCCACAGGUCCUCCGCCUGCUGCUGUGGAGAUUGCCAUGAAGAUUCAACAAGUGGCAGAUGCACAGAGAAAGAUGGCACAUGUUCAGCUGCUACAAAGACAGGCUGCCCAAGCUGGCAUGAAGCCACAGCACCCACACCAUCAGCAGCCACAAGGACAGAUGGGAGUAGCCCACCCUGGUAUGGGCAUGGUAGGGGCCCAAGGGUUGACUCAACAGGCGUCUGCGAACAGGGUGCAGAUGGAACAACAGCAGCAGCAAGGACCUCAGGGAAUGAUGUUGGGAGCUGGGCCCAUGCAGCAGCAGCCCCAACAGACAAGUGUGCAAGGCCAGUUACCACCACAAAUGCAGCUGCAGCAGCAGAGAAUGAACCCACUACUCCAGCCUCAACAGCAACAGUGGGCAGGGCAGGGAAUGCCACCCCAGCAGAGACCUGCCAUGAUGGGUCAGCAAGGAAUGGUUGCAAUGCAGCCUCAAACGCAACAGCAGCAGCAACAACAAGCACCACCACCACAACAAACACAGCAGCAGCCGCAAAUGCUGAAUCGAAACGCCUUGAUGAGUAUGGUGCAGGCUGGUCUGCAAAGUGGUGUAGCAAGUGGGGCAGCUGGAAGCAAUCUGCCGCAGGGAGCUCUCCAGGAUCUAUUGAGGACCCUUCAAUCUCCAAGCUCUCCUCUGCAACAGCAACAAGUACUCAACAUUCUUCGCUCUAACCCACAACUAAUGGCAUUGUUUAUCAAGCAACGGAUUCACAAGUAUAAAGGUGGCCCGGCUGGACCUCAGGGAGGGCCAGGACCUAUGGGAGGCCAACCAGUGGGUGUCAACACUGGGGUGCCUCAGUCUGGCAUGCACCUUGGACAGGGUGUUAAUAUGCAGACCCAACUUUCUCAACUCCAACAGCAGCAAAUGCAACAGCGGCCCCUGUUGCAGCAGCAGCAGCAAGCCACUGCCUUACAGCAGCAACAGCAGCAGCAGCAGCAGCAACAACAACAAGGAAUUCAAGGCCAGGGGGCUCCAAACAUGGCCAACAUGAAUCCACAGUUCAGAGAGCUAUUAUUAAGACGGCAACAGCAACUACAAUUUCAACAGCAGCAGCAGCAGCAACAACAACAACAGCAGCAACAACAACAGCAACAGAUGGGUAAUCAUGCUGCAUUUCAACAGCAGCAAAGUUAUGCAGGUCAGCAAGGUACAAUGCAAAUCCCCCAAGGAGGCCAACAGUUACCAGGGUUGCAACCUGGUCCGCAGCAGAAUUUUCCAGGCAACCCUGCACAACAGCAAGCUGCAGCUGCCUUGCAACAGAGGCUUCAACAGCAACACCAGUUACACAUGCAACAGCAGCAAAAUGCGGCAUCCCAAGGUUCUGACAUGGGUCCUGGAGGAGGUCCACAGCCUACACAAGUAGGCCCUGGGCCUCAGACGUCGCAGACGUUAUUGCAGCAGGCCUUGCAUCAGCGUCUGCUUCAACAGCAGCAACAUCAUCUCAGUGGCGCCUCGCCGGCACAGCAGAACAAUCCCAUGAGCCCGCAGCAGCAGAUCUCUCAGUCAUCCCAUAUGCAGGGCCAGCAGCUCUCGUCCUCUCUCAGCAACCAGGUUUGUUCCCCUCAGCCCUCCCCGAGACCCCAGUCCCAGCCGCCACACUCGAGUCCGUCCCCACGCUUGCAACCACAACCCUCGCCCCACCACAUCUCGCCUCAGACCCAAACGGCUUCUCCGCAUCCCAGCCACCUUCAGCAGCACCACUCGGGGAUGGCUCGGCCUCCUCUACCUCCCCAACAGUCACAGCACAACUCUAAGGACCCAGGUGGAUUUGGUGCCGAUCAAAAUGCCAUGCUAUCUCAGCUUAGUGGCAUGGCCGGACUCCAUGGACCUGGAGCGAAUAAUAUGCUUCCCCCAAGUGGCCAGGACCUUGGCAUUACCAUGAAUCAUAACCCUUUAGACCCUUUAUUAUAAAAUUCACUAAACCUCACCAGAGACAGUGUUAGCUUUUUGAUACUACAGGGAUGAAUUUAGUGUUUUUCAGUAUAAAUGAUUUGAAAAUGGACCCUCCUGUGAGAGAUGGCAAAGUAUUGGGGCCGAAUAAGGAGUAAUGUUUUUAUGCCAGUUGUGUACAAAGAGAGGAUUGUUUCAACAAGCCCCAAGUAAUAUUUUCGACGUCAGGUCCAGGGAAGUUCUUUCCUUUUUCAAGAGAUAUUUUUUAAGAUUUUAAAAGUGGUAUAGAAUCAAAGCGAAGAUGAUUAAGGACUUUUUUAUAUCGUUUCACCGCGUACCAGUCUCUAUUAUGCGUUUUACAGAGUGUGGGACAUUUCAAACGUUGUGAUGCCUAUAUUGUUAUUAUAUUAUCUAAACGCCAUGCAUAUCUUCCUUGUAAAUUUUGAGUUUUGCAUUUUAUUUAUUCUACAUUUUUCAUGUCAUCAGGAUUGUGUUCAUGUGUGUUCCCAGAGACUGCUACAGUUCACAUAGAAUAUAUUUUUGUUAAUACCUAUUAAAAUGGGGAGUUAUCCUUUACGUAAGCUGGAAAUUUAGGUUAUUAAGUAUAAUAUAAAUUACAGUGUUGGGGAAUUGGGUUUGGUGUGUGCUCUGUUGCCCAAUGGAUUUUAUUUCAUGCCAUAUUGGAAAUGCCUAACCAUUGGACAUCACUGCUUUCGAAGAAGUUCUUGGAGGCACAUGCACCCGCCCUCAGAAUGUGUGUGCACUCUUUAUAAGACUUCAGGAUAGUGGAGGUGUGUCUGUACAGAUUGAAUGAGAAAUUGUGUGUGUGUGUGUGUGUGUGUGUCUCGGAUAUGGUGCUGGAGGUUAUCUGCUCUUGCCAAUGUCUUAUUGAGCAGAGUUUCAUGUAUGAACUGUCUAACGGUGAAACAUAGAAGAGCGUGCCACUUUUCCAUUCUCUGUAUUUGUUCUUUUUGUCUCCGAGAAUUUUCCUCCAAGAAUUUUCUUUGCUCGGAACUUUGGGAGUUUCAUUUGAAUGUUUUGUACUGUACAAAGAAAACACAAACUGUGGACUUCAAGUUUUUUUAAUAAAAUGAAGAUAACAAUUUUA